CAUGGAAGGCAACUUUAGAAAAACCACAAUCAUUAGAUUUAUGGCAAUUUACAGUCUCAAAAACUUUGAAACCCAUAACUUGUAGUAAUGCCAUGCCGCCACCCCCCGCUGAACUUCUACUCCAACUUCUCCAGCAUUUUAUCAAACACCAAAACCAAGUCAAACAAAUCCAUUCCCUCAUAACAGCCAAAGGCCUCCUUUAUAACCCAAACACAUGCCCUAAAGACAACUCCAAAUGGAAAACUACCCUUCUUUACAACACUCUAAUAAGAGCCUACCUCAAUUUCGGACAACACCAAAAAACUCUUCACCUCUUCGCUCUCAUGCUUGCCCGCCAAACCCCACCAAACAGCCACACCUUCCCUUCCAUAAUCAAAGCAGCCACACAUUCUUGCCUCUCUAUAGGCACUUCCCUUCACACCCAAGCUAUCAAUCGUGGGGUUCUUUAUGACCCCUUUAUACAAACAUCAUUGUUGGGUAUGUAUUCGCAGUUUGGUGACUUACUUAAUGCCUGCAAGGUGUUUGAUGAAAUCUCGCACCCAUGUAUUGUUGAAUAUAAUGCAAUGCUAGAUGCUUAUGCGAAGAAUGGUGACAUGGGUUCUGCUUGUUGUCUCUUUAAAAGCAUGCCUAAGAGAGAUGUAGUCUCGUGGACUAGUGUUAUUAAUGGGUUUGCAAAGAAUGGACUUCUUGGUGAGGCAAUUAGGCUGUUUAGGGAGAUGAUGUUGCAUGAUGAUGUAAAGUGUUGUUUUGUUAAACCCAAUGAGGCCACAUAUGUUAGUGUGUUAUCAUCAUGCGCUAAUUUAGAUGAAAGAGGGGUCCUUUCUAUAGGGAAGCAAAUACAUGGGUCUAUAGUAAGGAAUGAGGUUUUUGUUACUGUUUUUAUUGGGACAUCAUUGGUAGAUUUUUAUGGAAAAGUGGGUUGUUUGAGUAAUGCCAUUAGAGUUUACAACAAAAUGGUGGUUAAAAAGGUUUGUACUUGGAAUGCUAUAAUUUCUUCACUUGCUAACAAUGGUAGAGAAGAACAAGCUCUGGACAUGUUUAAAAAGAUGAAAGGGGAAGGUUUGUGUCCAAAUGAGGUCACCUUUAUUGCUGUACUUACUGCUUGCGCUCGUGCCAAGCUUGUAGAGAUUGGGCUGGAGUUGUUUCAAUCAAUGGCUGGUGAGUUUGGCCUGGUGCCAAUAAUGGAGCAUUAUGGGUGUGUUGUUGAUCUUUUGGGAAGGGCAGGAUUAUUGAGGGAAGCUAGUGAAUUUAUAAGGAGGAUGCCUUUCGAGCCAGAUGCUUCAGUUUUGGGUGCACUUUUAGGUGCUUGUAAGAUUCAUGGAGCUAUUGAUUUGGGAAAUGAAGUGGGAAGCAGGUUACUUGAAUUGCAGCCACAGCAUUGUGGUCAAUAUGUGGCUUUAUCUAGCAUUCAUGCUGGGGUGAAUAGAUGGGGUGUUGCUGCUGAUAUAAGGAAAACAAUGGUGGAGGCUAGAGGUAGGAAGGUUCCUGCCUGCAGUUUGAUUGAUUGCAUAUGAAACAGGAGUUUAUUCACUUUUUGCUCUUGAGAAAUAAGAAUGACAGCAUAUUGAAAUCACAAGGCAAAGCUCAAAGCUUAACUUUCUGGUUCUCCUUGUAUGAGUGGGUUCUGGACUUCAUGUUGAUGCUUCUGUCACAAAAUUGCUGCCGCCCCUAUUUCCACGUUAGCUUUGCUGAGAGCUUGUCAGUUUGAAUAUAAGAUUUUGAUAGACUAUUGAUAUAUAUCAGCAAUUCACUGCGGGAUCUUUCAUCUCCCUUCCUUAUAGUAGAUACAGCUUGGAUUUGAUGGAAGAAUUUGAUUGAUGGAUGCCAGGGCCCCCCAGGCUUCAAGGAUGCUGGUGGCUCUUGGAUUUAACUGAUUGCUUUAUUUGUAUUAGUCCCGUUCUCUCUUUGGCCGCUGUGUGCGGAAAGAAAUGGUGAAGACUGGAAUUAUGGUUUAUUUUUUUUUCUUUAAAUCGAACAAGUUACUUAAUUGAAGAA